AGACACUCCCGACAUGCAAAACACAACUCAAGAUCGCGACCCUCAACCUACAGAAGUCAACAUGCAGGACCCGUUGGAUCAGCUAGAGCUCAUUCAAAGGAUCAAAGAGCUCAUCAUAAACGAUGCUCAAGCUCUGUACGGCCCUCAAGUCACAGGUCAUACCUAUUCCGUCAUCUUCUCCGUUGAGGCUCUACCGGAGAGCCAGAGCAGCGAUGGACAACCAAAGCGGCAAUCCUUGACUGCGCAACUCAUCUUAUACGUGUCGCCGCAUCCCCCCGCCCGAUGGGUGCUACUCGCAACUUCGGAAUCGAAAGGUAGCCUCGUUGAAGCUGUCGACAACUUGAGGAUCAACGUGCAGGUAGAGGUUGGAAAAGUGACACAAGAUCUGGAUGUCGGGGAUGUACAGGAGGGAUCAGAUUAUAAUAUUCACAAGAGUGCUGCUUCUAUAUGACAUGAAAAAGGAAUUCGUGGCUUUCUUUG